AUGGCAAUACACGUUCCCCGGUAUAGUAGCCAGGUACUUGCUUUAAUGGACGAAGUUCAGAAGAACUUGUCUGAAAAUGCUGGAUACUUAUAUGAGCGAAUUGAUGGGCGAGUACGAGGGAAUCUCAGACAAGCUGCAAUUGAAAAACCAGAUUCGGAUCGCUUUGUCUUCCUUCUCUGCACCAGAGCUGGUGGUUUGGGCAUUAAUUUGACUGCAGCAGAUACGUGUAUAAUCUUUGAUUCUGACUGGAAUCCUCAGAAUGAUCUGCAGGCUCAAGCCCGUUGUCACAGGAUUGGUCAGAACAAAGCAGUGAAGGUUUACAGGCUGAUAACACGUAACUCCUACGAGAGAGAGAUGUUUGACAGAGCAAGUCUGAAACUGGGGCUGGAUAAGGCUGUCUUACAGAGUAUGAGUGGAAGAGAAAACAGCGUUGGUGGU